AACCCCUUCAUCCGUUACGUCACAAACAGUCAGAACUCGAGCGAGUAGAGUGAGACGAGGUUGAGAGAUCGAAGUAUCGUUCGGAAGUGAAUCGUGAAUCUUCGGACGUGUGCUUGCAAUUAAUUGUUUUUAAGUGAAUCAUUGUGAAUUCCAUUAGUGGAAAAAAAAAUAUUUUUAAAGACCAUAUUAGUGCCAAACUGGGUUAUAAAAGUUUAAGGAUUAAUUCAGAACAGGACUUAGAAAUGUGUAUCGCCAAAGGAACUGAAAAGUGCAAAAUGAUCAACAGGAAUAAAUUGGGCAGGACCCUGCGUACCACCCUUACUACUGCCAGGGUGGAAAGGAGGUUGAUAUGCGGUCUUCUUCCAGCCAUAUCGCAUUUAGAAAAAACUCCAGACGAGGUGGUUUUGUGUGUUCUACCAACCGCUAGACCUGGAGAUGCAGCCACACAUAUUCAAACUGUUCUGCUUCAGGCUUUUUGUUAUGAAAAUUAUAUACCAGUUAUACAGGUUGACUCAAGUGACAAAUUGGCAAAAUUUUGUGGCUUAUCUACAAAAAAAGACAACAACAGCUGCAACUGUGCCAUUAUCACCAGGGACGUCACGUUGCCAAUUAGUGGAGAGGAUGUUAUUCCUUUGACAGAAAACGAGCAGUUCCUCACAGACUUUUACGAAUGCACCUUGGAGGAAUUUCCACGGCCGGUAAUUGAGUUGCCUAUUUGAACUUCCAAAAGACGCUGCGGUAGAUCUGCAAGGAAAUAUAAAAGAACUACCGCUGCGUGAUGAGAUUUCAUACAUGUUUGAUGCAUUUAUUGAUAUGGUUGUUCAUGAAGGGAGUUGACCUACUUGAGACUGAACAAUUAUAUGCAUGUCAUGCCAGGGACGAUAGGGAAGGGUUCCGAAGGCUGUCACUAAGGAGAAAAAAGGAAGAAAAUAAUAUUUCAUUCAUUGUUUUUUAUUAAUGAGUUGGGAAGUAGGUCUUAUUAUAAUCAAGUGUAUUUAUGUAUAUGAUAACAAGAUGAUCACUAUAUUUUUGUUAAAAAAGAAAUGAGUUAAUUGUGAAAAAAAGUAAAUUUACAAGACCAUUAGUUAGAUGAGCUUAAGUUAUAGGAUGUAGCAAGAUAGAAUAAGUAAAAGAAACAACAUCUAGAGAUUCUUAUAAGAAAUAUUAUUAUAUUGGAUUAAUUUUUUUAUAUACACUAUUUGUUUAUUGUUAUUUGACAUAAUAUAAUUAUUGAUGCAAACAAAUUGUCCUAGUUUAAAGAGACUAUUCAAACCAUGUGUACUUGGAAAUAAAAUAAAUUGAUUUGAAU